GUUAUCUGCGGUUUUCGCGGACAAUAAUAAUUUAUGUUUUUAUUUUAAUAAUAAUAAUAAUAAUAAUAUUGUACGUAGACGACGUCUGACGAAAAAAUUUCCGAAAUUUUCCUCCACGCUUGCACACACGUCAACGCACCUUACGGUAUUAUGUUUUCUACUCCUCCGGACGGUUCGGUCGACGUUUACACCGAGUCUGAGAUUGGCCCGAUACGACGGCCGCUCACAGUUUUCGCUUCGGGCGCGUUAUUCUGACCAUCGUGAAAUCGCCUUUGCACGAAGACGCCGACAGUCAUCGACGCCACAAACAAUAAUAUUAUAUCGUCUGUUGUCUUUAUUAUUAUUUAUCUUUCGCCGACUGCCUCGUUUCGCGUCCGGCAAUGACUUCCGCGUAAGAAGACACCGGUGGCGGACGACCAUCGAAAUCGGCGUUAACAGCAUCAGAGUUUAAAAGGACGUCAUUAAAGUGAUCAAAGUCAUGGAUUAUAUUGCUGCUAUUGACGUAGGCACAACUAAUUUGAAAUGCCAAAUUUUUUCACCAGAUUUUCGUGUUGUGGGUUCUUGUAUUCAAAAAGUUAAUUUAUUAAAACCUUUUCAAGGCUGGGAAGAAAUAAAUCCAAAUGAAAUACAAAAUGGUGUAAAACAAGUCUUACAAAAUGCAUUAAAAGAUGCUGAUCUCAAGUCCAAUAAUAUAAAAAGCAUAGGUUUGUCUACACAACGGAACACAUUCAUAACUUGGAAUAAAAAUACUGGUGAACAUUAUCAUAACUUUAUUACAUGGGGAGAUUUACGUUCAAAUAUAAUAGUUAAAGAGUUAAACAAAUCAAUAACCUUCAAAAUAGUGAAAUAUAUUUCAAAAAUAUUAUACUUAAUAUUUGCAACAAAACAACUGAAAGUUGUAAAAUCAUUUACAUUUUCAAACAUACAAAUUUUGCCUAAACUUUUAUGGUUAUUACAAAAUAAUCGAAAAUUCAGACAAGACAUGAAAAAUAACGAAGUGCAAUUUGGCACAUUAGACACUUGGUUAUUAUAUCAGGCCAGCAAUGGUAAACUUCACGUGACUGACGUAUCGUGUGCUAGUGCAACUGGAUUGUUCGACUUGUUCACCAUGUCUUGGAUGCCUAAUCUUAUGUUUCAAUAUUUCGGGAUCACAAAUACUAUACUUCCAAGUAUUUGUGAUUCAAACGUAUUAAAGUACCUAAUAGACAACAAUAUAACUUGCAAAAUCUCCAAUAUUACCAUUGCAUGCUCGCUUGCUGACCAAUCAGCAUCACUGUACGGAACAGGUUCUUUCUCAAAGUAUACAGCUAAAGUUACAAUGGGAACCGGAAUGUUUCUAGAUAUAAAUUGUGGUUCAUUACCGGAAGUAUGUUUAGGAUAUUUUCCAUUGGUGGGUUGGACAUUUAAUGAAGAUAUUUGUUUUUCAUUGGAGGCAGUUGAUUACAACUGUGGAUCAUUAAUUCAACUUGCAAAGUCCAUUGGUGGGUUCAAUAAUCCAAAAGAAUUAAAUAUGUUGAAGCAAGGAAAUGAAUUUUCAACUGACAGUUUAUUAUUUGUAUUACCUGAAUCUGAGCCAAGCAAAUCAAUAAGAAAAGAUUACAGUUUUAUUGGUGUUACAACAUGUACUACAAAAUCUGAUAUGGCAGUAUCUAUUUUGGAGUCUUUUGCAUUUAGAAUUAAAAAAAUACUAGAUAAUUAUCACAAUGAAAUGCCACAAAUGGUAUUAAAUACUUUAUGGGUUGAUGGUGGUGUGUCUCGAAAUGAUUACAUCUGUCAAACAAUUGCCAAUGUCACAUCAACUACAGUUGUAAGAAUGAAAAACAGUAACAGAACCGAAGUAUCUUGUUUGGGUGCAGCUUUUAUGGCUGGACUGUCUUCAGGUGUAUGGACAAAUAAAAGAGAAUUGAUGAAUUUCAGAAACAGAACUGAUCAAAAAUUUGUUCCAAAUAAUAAUGAUUAUUUUGCAAAUGAAUAUAAAUAUAUAAGAUGGUUGUAUAACCAAAAGUGUUUGUAUUAAAAAUGCCAACUUUUUAUUUUUUGUAUUUUAACAAUACAUGAUGUACAAUUAUAUAAAAUAAAACCAUUUAGUAUAUAAAAACA